GGCAGUGGGGAGUUGUUGCUGGAGACGCCGCCGCCGCCGCCGCCUGAGCUCCGGCGAUCGCUGCUGACGCGCGUCGGGAGAGGGUCGGGCCGCUGCCCCCCGCCACCGCGGCUUGGAGGCGCCGGCAGAGGAUCGGGCCCGAGCUCCCCGCAAACAAGUUUGCAAAGGGGAGCGGGAGCAGCCGCAGCCGCCUGAGCUGUGUGUGUGCGCGCGGGGAGGAGGCGCUGCUCCUGCGGGCUGGGUGAGGUGCUCUGCCAAGAGGAUUUGCUUUGCUGCGUCUGUCCCGGCUUCUGGGAGAGGAAAUUCAGCCAGGGAUUAAUUGGCACCUUGCCAGGGGAUUAUUUCCCAUCACCCGUGCCUCCAAAUGUAUGUGGAAAUGCGGGCUGAGCUCACGGCAGCACAAUGCACGACCACGUAGGGAUCUUAGGGAAGCCACCUUGCGAUGGUCCAGAGAGUCUAAUUCCUCUGCAGCUUUGGUGAUGGAGCUGAAGGUCUGGGUCGAUGGUAUCCAGCGGGUUGUGUGUGGCGUCUCAGAUCAGACCACAUGCCAGGAGGUUGUCAUAGCAUUGGCACGGGCCAUUGGCCAGACAGGAAGGUACAUUCUCAUCCAGAAGCUGCGAGAGAAGGAGAGGCAGCUUCUACCUCAUGAAUGCCCUCUGGAGUCGCUGGCCAAGUGUGGACAGUAUGCCAAUGACGUGCAGUUCAUAUUGCAGCGGACGGGCCCUAGCCUGGCCGAGCGCCCUUCCUCUGACAGUGCCCCCCAGGCUCCCGAGAGGACAUUCAUCCGGGCCAGCCUUCCCAUCAAACCCAGGCUGGUCAGCACAGAGGUGCCUAGGUCCCGGGAACCUAAAAAGUCUAUGACCUUUAACUUGGGCCCUAUGGGCUCCAGCGAUCGGCUUGCCAAGAGCAAGCUGAGACUGCACAAGAGGGACAGUGUAGACUCGAAGGACAGCACCAGUCGCAGCCAUCCAUCCAAGGAGGAGCUGUUUAAGACUGUGCUGCACCAGCAGGAGCAGCUGCACUCCUUGGAGGUGCAUGGGGAUUCCCUGGAAACGGACCUCAGGCACUGGGAGCAGGACAGGGGCUCCAGCCAGGAAGACCAGAUCCUUUAUCUGGAGCACCUGAUCAGGCGGAACGAGAUGGAGCUGGGCGAAGAGGAGUUCUGGCAGAGUGAGCUCCACCUGGAGAAGGAGUGCGAGAGGGAGCGGCAGGAGAAGGUGAGGAGCCUGCGGGCCACCAUGGAGGAGUACACCCAGAAAAUCCACGAGCUGACCACCAAGACGGAGGCCCUGGAGAAGGAGAUCCAGUUAGAGAUCACAGAGAGGGCCAGGCGGGCAAAGGAGGCUCCUGCAGAUCUGGAGGACAUGGCUGCCAAAAUGAAAAGGGAUCUGGAAGCCAAGACCAAACAGAGCGCCCAGCUGGAGAGCAGCCUGGAGAGCGUGGGGAAGGCCUUGGAAGAAGCCGAAAGGAAUUUACAGGCCUUCUCCAUCCCAGCACAGACUCUCCUCCUCGACCAAGCGCCAAGCAGUUCCUCGGCCAUCCACGGAACCUUCAGAACCCACUGGUGUCCAGCCUGAACCCCGAGGGUGUGUAUGUUUGAACUGGCCUAAGCCCGGUUGUGCUCCUAAUGCCCUAUCUUGCCAAGCAGCCCUGCAAAAGGUCUAGUCUCCUUGCGACGGUGGCAGCUAUCGCCUGCGCAGAGGAGGCUGUGACCCAACUCUCAGACCGCUCGGUGUUUCUCUCCUGCUCUCUCCUCCUUUCUCUGGUAUUUGAUUGCAAAACGAAUAGCUGCUCUAAAACAGCAAAGGCUUGGUUGUCCUGCAGUGCCUACCGUAAAUCCUUGUGCGUUAGGGCCCUUAAAUAAUAGUUAGCAAGCGGCAACCAGAGCGUGAGGGCUGGGAUGGGGUCUGGCAGCCAUACUGCUUGAAACGAUGGGCUGUGGGGCCAUGGUGGCGUGGCGUGAAAUAAUGCAUUAAAAGCAUCCUGCUGCGUGAUGUCUGCGCUACGAAUAGGUGCCAGUGUGACCAUGAUGCUUAUACCUGGCAGCGUCCCCUUCUCUGCGUCCCACCACUAGGGAGAAGCUCGCUGCCAGAGCAAGCGCUGCAGUUGACUUUGCUCCCGAAGCCAGUGUCUUUGCUGUUCAGCUAAAGGGUCGUCUCUGCUAGUUCAAGCCUGUUAAAAACUCACUGGGUUGGGACGUUGUGUGCUGAGUACUAGGAGCUUCCUCACCAGCAAGCGACAGGCAUUGCUCUGCACAUGCAGGAGCCCAUUUGCCUGCACCCAGACUCCCAUAAUGUAUUGCACUUCCAAAAGGACUCGCAAAUCCCCUGCCCCUGGGCUGGUAGUUGGAGGAGACGUCCCGUGGGAGAUCCCAACAUAGAGCAGUUACAGCUCCCACCUGGAGAGUGUCUCUUGGUUUUUUUGGAUUCUCUGCAGAGAAUCAAGUUAUUGCUGUGCCGGAUCAGUUGGCCUGGUGCAGCAUCCUGCCCCGACCAACGGGGAAAGAGCCACAGCUGCCCCCACCUCCCCAUAAUGCGCUGUCCCCUCUCGCAGGCCAAAGGACUGCUACAAACUCCACCCAUCCAUCUGAGACCUUUUCAGGGCACUUAGCCAAGGGGGUAGAGGUGCCACCGCCCCAUGCCAUCCAUUUCAAAUAAAGCACCUUCCUUCUCAGACCAAGCGGUUGCUUCUGAGUCACUCUCUUUUCUUCACCACUGGCUGUGAUUUUUCAUCCUUCUGCUGCUCUUGCUGGUCCUGGCGGAGGGGAAUGGAGACCUGCAAAGGAGAGGAUUUAGGUCCUGGACCAAAGCUCAUCGAAGUCAACGGGAGGCUUUCCAUUGACCUCAGUGGGCUUUGAACAAAACCCUAUAGGGAUGUGUCUGUUGCCUGAAUUUUCACUGGGUGGUGUUUCUUCCUCGUUCCAGCUGGUUCAUGCUGGAGCGGCAGGGGGUGGGAGAGGGCACGAAGAGGCAUUGCCCAGUUAGUUAUUGGGAGGUAGAAAUUUGUACCUUGGACGAGGGAGAGCUUCAUGUUCUUCCCAGCAGCCCCCUUUGGAACUUGGCAUCUAACCCUACCCAGUCAACUCCAGGAAACCCUGGAGCACUUUCAAAGAGCUGCACAGGGCAUGCCAAACCUGGUGACCCUUUCUUCCCACCCAGUCUAUGGCACUGGAGAGGAAUGACUUUGCACAGAUCUUCUUCAUAACAGCGCUUUUCUAUACCAGGCCAUGGCAUCUCUGCCCCUCCCCCAGAACCAGCUUGGGAACCGUCCAGUUAAUUAUGCUAAUUUAACCUGCACCCUUCUUCUUGGUGCCUGCUCUCUUUAGCAAAAGCAAGUGAAUUGUGCUGAUCUUUUCUUUGGCCCUUUCCCCUCUUUGCUAAACAUUUGCCCUUUUUAACAUCCUAAGAGACAGUGACCAUAACAUUGGGUCAAUAUCAGAACACACAGCAGUGUACACUGUCUUGAGUACUUACAGAUGCUGCAUAACACGAGCAUUUCUCCACGUAGUCCUGUCUCCAGUGGUACAGCAAAGAUCCGCCUGUAAUUCUCCCUUGUAGCAUUUUAAGAGCAUAAACACCAGACCUGGAAUAUUGUAUCUGCUCAUUUCACUAGAGGGAAUCAUCUUGGUGCCUGUAGGUUCAUCUCCACUCCCUUUAGAUUGAAGGAUAUACUUUUAUAUUGCAAAUGUAUGGUUGCAGCAUACAUCUUCCUUUUUUCUUUUCUUCUUAAAAACACUAACCCACCAAAAUGGGGUCACUUAGUUUAUUUUUGUAUGUCUUGCAGUCGUAUCAACAAGGCAGAGCAUCUGGAGGUAGAAAGGCCCAGCCACUGGAGGAGUGAUUUGCCUUGCAAGUGUAACUGUAUAUAAGUAAAACCAUGUUCCAUAUAUAUAUAUUUUUUUUACUCCUUUGUAUCAUGAAUGGAUGUUGAUGGCCAUACGAAGUAUUUUUACAGACUGAUGUGUUUUAAAUAACAACAAAAACAAUUCCACCCCAUUUGGAUGAAAAAGACCUGUUGUAUUUUUUUAAAUGCUUUCUCUAUUUUAAAAACAAAAAAUGAAGAUGCUAAUAUUUCUGGGAAUCCAUGUAGCCCUCAUAAGAUGCCUCAAACGACGAAAGACCCUCGUCGAUAAAGCAAAGGACUGCCUUUGAUGAGGGAUACAAGACUUGUCUGGGCUAAACAAACUCAAAGCAUAUAGUGGGUCUUCUGUGCCAUGCUCUGAUGUUCACUUCCCAGGGGAUAUUAUGUGCUACUGCUGUACAAUGAAGGAGCCGUGGAAGCCAGGACUGUGUCCCAUAUAAGGCACUGUGACGCUCCUGUGGUCGCUCGUGUUAAUACCCAACAUGUGAGGAAAAUGGAUGUUUAUUGGGAAACAUAAGGAACUAUCCAGCUGCCUGGGAGAUGGGGAACUUGGUUGGUGGUCCUGCGGAAGCCAGGUUUGUACGAUCUGGGGGAGAAAUUGUACAACCUGUUGCUCUUUGGACCAGGCAGAAGCAUGACUAGGAGCAUCUGCCUGAUGCUGAACAGAGUCAGCAAAGACUUUCCAGAUGUGGUAUAAUGGGACUGAGGGUCUGAUGAUGAUGUCUUGUGCCAAGUGCAUCAUCUUCCAACAGCGUCAUUUGCAAAGUAGAGAGGAGUUGAGAUGGAAUAGCUGGAGUGACGUCUAGUUCCUAAUGAACCGCAACUCUCAUAUUUGUAUUUACAUGCUGGACCCCUCCUGCUUUCUAAAACACAUUCAGGUCAUUGAAAAAACGGAGGUAAAAAUGUUGAUGAUUGAAUGGCAAACUGGCAUAUGCAUGAAGCUUCCAGUAGGGCUAUCUUUGCUACAGGUAGUUUCACCCUGACUUGGGAUUCAUUGUCCUUCAACCUCCGCCCAUAUAACUCCUCCAGAGAUGUCUGCCUCUCUCUUAUAGCCAGCUCAAUAGGUUGCAUGUCUACCUACCAUGCCCUGUAACUCUGCAGAAGGUCUGUCUACACCUGGUUCCAUAUUGCAGAAGCCCAGUUGUACAUCUAACUGAGCCAGGAUUGGAUUGUAUCCAGAGAGAGCUGUGGUCUGGGAAAAGGAAAGUUGAACACUUGCUCUGUGGGGAGUGUCUUGGCCGUUGUCCCCAAUACUAAAAUGUGAUGUGUAUUAUUGCCAUUAACCAGUAUUUCCAGCCAUUCACCCUUUUCCUAAUGGAAGUACUGAAAAGAGUAGUUCAUUAGUCAGGUAUUUGCCGCUCUCAUUUGUCAAGACAGCUGUCUUGUGCCUGCUCACUGCUUACACUGGCAAACAAGUUUAUUCAGAUGGUGGCUUACUCUCACUUGAGCAUCCCAUGGGUUUUCCGCUGUGGCUGUCACUGCCCUAAUUGGCCUAAAAUACACAGCAGAGAAUCCAAAUGUUCCUCCUUGAAAAGGCUCUGGUUCAGAACCAGGCUGCUGUUCCUGUCAUACAAUAGACAUGAGCUAAAAGGGGAGGAGUAGAUGGGAAACAGCCUCUUGCUGCUAUUCUGCACUUAUUAUGGUAGCAUCUAUAGGCCCCAAUUGAGAUCAGGGUCCCUAGGUGCUGCACCAGGUGUAAGAUGACACAGUUCCUACCCCUAGAAGCUUGCUGCCUGGUCUUUCAUUGUGGGUUCUCUUUACAGUUCCAAAGGAUGGAACCCAAAUAGUCCUUCCUCCUUUUAAAAAAACAAAUACAUUCUAAUGCAUACUGCAUUAGGAACAUUUUUGAUCUAGAUGCGUCCCAAACUAAAGAUGACCAUUGUGUUAUGUUUCUCCUCUCAGGGUGAGCAGCAGGCUGUGUUGCUGGCCAGAGACUUUCAGGAGUAGAGAGAGCAGUUGACUCCAAACAUUCUGUAGUGCUCAUUCAUCAGUUUUUAUAAACCUCUGCUUUCCAGGGCUGAGUAACUGCUUAGCUUUCCCUGACCUGUUUUACUAGGUGUGAAUGGAUACCAUUCAACUUGAAACUCUCCAAUGUGGGGGGAGGAGGAGCAGGGAUGGUCAGAAAAGAGACUGUAAACAGGACAUUGGGAUUAAUAUUCACUCUGAGAUUCAUUGACAGUUCCUCCCAGUUCUAAAAAUCAAGCCGCUUUCUCAAAUCUUACUCAAUGUACAAAUUGGAUAGGGCUGACAGGCAAAAACGUGACGUUUGUCUACACGAAACAGGCUUGAACUGCAAGAGACUGGGAACAGGUGAGCACAUCUUGGGAGUUACUUUUCUCACCAUAAUCCUGUUUGUUAAAGUGUUCUCAAAGCCUCCAUCAGAACAAGCUCUUUAACAAGUGCACGUUAUUGGGUUGUGUGAAAUGGGGAAUGGUGGACACGCUGUCCAACAUUUCAUGAUGAAUGUUUUUACUUGAUGGCCAGUAAAAAAAAAUUCUUUUUAAAAAGAAACGCUCUGUCCUAACAGUUUUUUCCGUAUUUUAAUUGUGAAUUGGAAAUGGACAAGUCUAGGGAAUGGGACUGGACGUACCUAGAGGGCCCCAAAGUCCUGAUUUUUGUUUUACAAAAGUCCUAUCUACAAAAAUGUGACCUGGAUGCUGUGUUCUUUGUAAAAACACUUUCUAUGUAUGAAUGUAUCCUGUGUUCUCAAACAUUGUCCGGUUUAAAUAAACGUACAGAAAGGA